UCUCACAAUAUCAGCGUUCUCUCUAGCACGGUGAAAUCCUACUGUCAAAGGACUGUCAAGUGUGUAGAAAAACGACUCCUGCAGGUCCCACCGUCAUCCUCGCCUCCUGCACUGGUGUUCUCGAUAAAUCAUCAUGAUUCACUCAAUCAUUUCCAGAAAAUUCGUCAUUCUCUGGUGCCUCUUCUCCACUACCCUCAGCGUACCCUCAUCAUCGCCGAAGAAAAGUUACGACGAAUUAUACACGACGAGUAGACCCAGCAGGACAAUCGUAGAAUUGAAAAUUACUCCCCGGCCAAUACCGAAGAGUAUGGGCUUAUUGAAGACUACAACCGGUGAGACUUCGACUACCACAGCAGCCCCGCAAGCUCCCAAAAUAUUGUCGGGAGGUCCAGUCCUUUAUAGGCUCAAUAGCCCCGAUGGACGUGCAUGUAUUCUGCUUCAAGUGGAUGCACUUGUUUCUGCCAAGUAUCGCACAACCUUUGGCGACGAGCGCACCGCAAAUAUUUAUGUACCAGAUGAUGCCACUGUCACUGGAAACUGUGAGAAGGAGAACUUUGUCACUAUGUCACUCAAGUGGGAUGCUUAUGUGUUAUCCUGGAGCUUUGCUAAGACUCCGGGGGGUGAGAGGUGGUAUGUCGAUAAAAUCGAGUUGACUUAUAACUCCAGUGACCGCCACUUCGAGCAUAUCGAUCAACCCAAAAAAACAGUUCGACUCAGUACCAAUCAGAAAUACAAUCCAACGCUGUUUCCAACCCCCGUUGGGAAGUCCUUCACCUGCGAGGAGAUUGAUCUUCCCCUUUCAGAUGGAAAAAAUAAUGCCACCCUUGAACUGAGAGAAAUACAACUGCAGCCAUUCAAGUUCAAGACUAACGACUUUGCCGAGUCUUUUUCCUGCAAAUCAUUGAGCGCACGAGCCGGGAGGGAUGAGACAGCACCGGUGGCUGUUGGAUCGACCCUGGCCGCUGCGGUACUCUUAACUAUCACUGGCUAUGCUGGAUGGCGAUACUUCAAAAUUAAAAAGGUCAAGUACGAUACGAUGGAGUAAAUUUUUACUGUUAAAACUCAACGGAACAGACGUCAAAAUGAGAUACUAAAUUCCUAAAAUUCUUGGCCUUAGUUUUAAUCGACAUAGAAUUCAUAUAGAUUUUCGAAUACAACUGAAUAUUAGGACUAUGUGGACUUAUGGAUAAAAAUCAUACUUCAACUGCUCGUUGAAUUCAAAAUUGUCAACAUUAAAAUAAGAAAUUACACUGAAAUGAAAGAAUUUUCAUUAUGCGAAUCGUCAGUGGUUCGAGUUGAGAAAAUUGGUUGUAGUUUCUACUAAGAGUUGCGUUUAAAAUUCGUAUCUAUAAAUUAAUAUUUAUAAUCCAUUAAUUUAUAUCCACGCGACGUUUCUUCCUAUUUUCAUUCUGAUGUGAAUACUUUCCACGUUUUGUGAGCAUCACAAUAUGAAUUAUUAUGCCAGUGUAGUUAUACGUGCUGCAUUAAUUAUCUAUUGUUGUUAGUUUAAAUAACUUUUAUUUAAUGAAUUGUUUGGUGGUAAUUUUUCUAAAUCCCUCAGAUCACACAUAAUGAUGAGUUUUUUCUCUUUAGUUGCAUUGAAUCAUCGAAUCAAUUUUCUAUGACAUUCUAUUUUCCUUUUUUUCUCAAUAGUUUUCAAUUUUCAUAAAUAAAAUAGUCAAUACGAUUUAGAACUGAUUGGAAAAAUUAGUUGCUAAUCAACUCUAAUUGAAAACAUCACAUAUAAUAAUAUGAUUGAAAAGAGUUCUUUAGUUCUCUUGAAUUAUUGCGUCAAUUUUCUAUUAAAUUCUAUUCCUCCUUUUUUGUCAACAUUUUUAAAAUUUUCAUAACUGCACAAUAAUCAUCAAUACAAAGUAUCUGAAAAUUUUUAUAUUUCGUGGGGCAAUGAUGAGUUAUAAAUAAUUGAACAAUUGAAAUUUUUACUAAUUACGAUGAAAAAAUUGGGUAUUGUUCAAAUUGACCUCUCAUCAAACUUCCACCACUUCCGUUUACUAAAACUAGAAAAUUUCUCUCAUAAAAUAGUCAAUACGAUUUAGAAUUGAUUGGACAAUCCAAUUGCCUGAAAUCAAUUAAAU